CUAAUUUUUGUAAAACAUGCGUUCACCUUCACUUUUUUCACCUUAAAAACAAUCCAGAUAUGAAAAAUCAAAUGGUCCAAAUGGAUUUGCAUUCUAAACAACUACUUAAUUGAAUAAUACUAAACAAUUAACUGAUUAUAGAAAAGAUGUUAGAACAAAUGUCUAAUCUAGAGAACCUUUUGUUUAACCAUAAGAAAAGUCUUCAUUAUUAUUUGCUUCAUGGAGUAAAGCAGAAAAAACAGUAUUGUAUUUAUUUAUGUUAACAUCAUUCUAGAGAAUAAUAAAAAGUAAAUAGGAAAUCACCAAAAAAGUAAAAAUUACUUGGAGGAUUAAAUUAUGAAGAAAUAUUUACUAAUAAAGGACCUUAAACUAAAUAUAAUAAUAAAGAAAAGGUUGAAUAAUUAUUCAAGAAAUCACCAUCAAAUGAUUAUUUUGAUAAUUCAUUCACAUCCUUUCCUAAACCAGCUAAACAAAAUACUCUUGGAUCUGGAUAUAAAGAUUCACCUUAAAAAUCAAAAGAAAAAUUAGAAAGAUUCAAAAAUUGGGAUAAUAGAUUAGAUGUCUAAUUAAUACUACAAAAUAAAUCUAUAACCAAUAAAAUAUCACCAACUGGAGAUAAACCAGGGUUUUAUAAAUAUGUCAAUGAAACUUAAAAAGGAUUGUUUGAUAAUAAUCAAUCUAAUUUUCUAUAUUCUAAGAAUAAUAGAAAUAAUUUAUUUGAUAAUCCUAAAUAAGCCUUCUCUUUUAAAGAUACAUUCAAUCCUCCUAAAUAAACUACUUAUUAAAAAAAUCACUCUCCAUAAUUAUCUAAUAGAUAUGUUGAAAAGUUCCCUUUGACUGAUAUAGUCAGAAUGACCUCCCAUUUCUAAUCACUAUCAACAUAAGAAGUCACUUCUAUUCCCAGAGGGUAUAUUUAUAAAAUUAUUUUUUAGAUACAUAUCAGAACUAAAUAAUUUGGCUGAUAUUCUACAAAGAAUUGUCAAAAGAUCAAAUAAUAUUAGUUGA